AUGGAUCCUCUCAGCGUUACAGCCAGCAUCAUCGCUGUUCUCCAGCUCUCGGCCAAGGUCCUUGUGUAUCUAAACGACGUCAAAGAUGCCCCCAAAGGCCGCACACAGUGCGCUAUCGAAAUUUCGAAUCUUCACAGCCUGCUUUACAGGCUGAAGGAUCAUGUUGAAAACGGAGAUUUCAGGCAGUCAUGGCAUCUUGCCGUCCAAGAUCUUGCGAUCAAGAACGGACCCAUCGAUCAGUUCAAGCAGGCUCUAGAAACACUACAGAGUAAGAUAACAGAUGGAAGACGAUUACAGAAGGUUGGUGAAGCCCUAGUGUGGGGGUUUAAGAAGGAGGAGGUUGCGGGCAUAUUGGAUCGAAUAGAGCAUUUGAAGUCGCUUGUAGAGAUCGCGUUGCAGAUGGAUCAUUUAGCGAUAUCGCUUACAUAUUCAAGCAAAGUCUCUCAAGCUAUCAAAGACGAUACCAACUUCAUUCGAAUGCACGUACCUGUUAUCCAGUCGGGCGUAGACGAGAUUCGGCAAGAUCAAGACGCCACGAAGCACCGCAGGAUUCUAGAAUGGAUCUCUCCCACAGAUUACCCCGCACAACAAUCCGACAUUAUAAAGCGCAGACAGGAGGGAACAGGCCAAUGGUUUCUAGAUGCGCCUCAGGUGGCCACAUGGCUUAGUGAACCCCGAGCAAUCCUCUUCUGCCCAGGAAUCCCGGGAGCUGGCAAGACCAUGGUAGCCGCAAUCGCGAUCGACUCUCUGUUGAAAUCAGUGCAGAGCAGUUCACAUGGAGUUGCUUAUGUGUACUGCAACUACAAGGCUCAGGAGGAGCAGGAUACUUCAAGGAUGUUGGCAGCUAUCCUCAAGCAGCUGGUGCAGGCUCGACCAUCGCUAGUGGAGCCCGUGGAACGAUUGCACGAAAAGCAUGCUGGCAGAGGAACCAGGCCAUCGCCUGAUGAGGUCUUCAGCGCACUCCGAGAUGUACUUGCACAUUACUCUACUAUCCACAUUGUGAUCGAUGCUCUGGAUGAAUGUCGAGACAGCGACGGCACUUGGCGCCAGUUUCUAGCCAAACUCCGCGAUCUUCAGGCGGGACGUGACGUUCGCCUAAUGGCCACCUCGCGUCUUAUUCCAGAGAUUGUUGAUUGGUUUAACGAAGGGCUGAAGCUGGAGGUGCAGGCUAGUGAAGAGGAUGUGAAGCGAUUCGUGGCUGGCCAGAUAUAUCGACUGCCGAAGUGUAUUCAGCGUGACCCUGCGCUACAAGAGGUUGUCCAGGAAAAGAUCGUAGAGGCGGUAGACGGCAUGUAUGUUCGUCCUAGCCAACUCGUGAUAUGA